AUGUUCCGCACAACCGCUUCCCGCUCGAUCCAGAGCCUCCGUGCUCAAGCUCCAAGAACAACCCUUUCCUCGACUGUGCUCCGCGCCACCCUGCGAACGUCUGCGCAGCCUCUGGCACGCCCCGGCGCCCUGUCUCUCACCCUGCGAAACCCUGCCCAGAAGUCGAUGGUGCGCUAUGAAACCACCUACCAGAAAAGCUCUUUUCCCAAAUCCAGAGACAAUAAAGCGGAAGAGGCCUACGGCAACGAGGUUAUAAAGCCUAUUCCAGACCUUGUUUCCGCGUCGUCCUCUAUUCAUCCUGUUACUGGAGAGGUUGGUGGCCCAAAGGAGGAAGAAGAUGUCGAUAUGACUGCAUCUAUCAGAAGCGACUUUAAAACGAUUGUCGACACAUUCAGCUUGAAGUCUGUGCCAAAGGAGGCGCUGGCUGUAGGUCUAGCUGGUGUUGUUCCAUACCUUGCGACUUCGCUCUCCACAGUCUACCUCGCUUUCGACAUUCAGUACGCCGCAGCGCACGGCCAAGGUCUUCUCCUCUCCGGCGAGGUUGCUGAGCAGCUUCUGCACAUCAUUGAGCCCAUUCAGCUCGGUUACGGAGCCUCGAUCAUCUCCUUCUUGGGUGCGAUCCACUGGGGUCUUGAAUGGGCUGGCUUUGGCGGAUACCAAGGCUACCCCAGAUACUCGAUUGGUAUCGUUGCUACUGCUGUGGCGUGGCCUACCCUUCUCCUCCCGGCAGAGGUGGGCUUGAUUGCUCAAUUCCUUGCCUUUACCUUCCUCUACUACGCUGAUGCGCGUGCAUCAACCCGGGGUUGGGCACCAUCAUGGUACUCUACUUACCGCUUCGUCCUGACCUUCAUCGUGGGUGCCAGUAUUGUCGCCUCCUUGGUCGGCCGUGGCCAGAUUGCCGACCUGAUCACCCGACCUCCCGGACCGGCUGACCGUAUGCGUGCUAUCCGGGAGCAGCAGCUUCAGCAGCUUGAGGAGAGUGACGCCGAGAGCAAGGCUCGCGCAGAAUAUGAGGAGUCUGGUGGCGAUGAGGACGAGGAAGAGGACGAUGAAUAG